AUGCUGGAUCUUCAAGCAUACGUCCCUAGGGACCCAUUCCAGCAGCUGACAUUGUCUCUGGGUGUCCUUGGCCUAUUUCUUGUUACCAUCUUUUUUCUCGCACUCAGACCCAGAAGCAAGACAGAGCCGACAAACAGCAUAGAAGCUCACCUAAAGUUCAUCUACAACUGUUUUCUUAAACCGCACACAGGUGACGGCACUGGAAGUCAGCAGGAUGCUUUGGAGAGCUUCUACAAAGCCCAAGCUAGCGUUUACGAUGCCACUCGCGUACGGCUUCUUCGCGGUCGUGAGGACAUGUUAGGUUUAGUUGCAGCACAAUUGAAGCACCGAGCUGAGGCUGGCCUCAUCUCUCAGCGCCCAGUCUGGGUUGAUAUCGGUGGUGGCACUGGUUGGAAUGUGGAGCAGAUGAACAGCUUCAUCUCAGUGCCAGAAAUUUUCCGCGCAGUUUAUAUCGUUGACCUUUCUCCAAGCCUCUGCGAGAUGGCUCGUAAGCGCUUCGCUCGUCUUGGAUGGAAAAACGUCAAGGUCAUCUGUCAAGAUGCACGCGCUUUCCGCCUCCACGAACACGAAGCCCAGGCCUACGAGCGAAAAGAAUACAAGGUCAAGGGACACAAAGUGCGCGAUCUUGAUGAGAAUGCAGACGCUGGUGGAGCUGAGCUCGUCACUAUGAGCUACGCUCUGUCGAUGAUUCCAGAGUUCUACCCGGUGAUCGACUCGAUCGAGAGUCUCUUGAGCCCCAACGGUGUUGCGGGUGUGGUAGACUUCUACGUGCAGAACCAGAUCGACUUCAGGGGUCGAAAUUACAUCGGUGGUGCGAUAGAUCGCCAUUGUAUGUGGCUUUCGAGGGUAUUCUGGCGAACUUGGUUUGAGAUCGACCGCGUCAACCUCGAAGCUGCGAGAAGAGACUACCUUGAGUAUCGAUUUGGUACUGUCUUGAGCAUCAACGCCCGCAAUAACUUCUUCUGUACUGGCAUCAAGCUUCCCUACUACAUCUGGGUUGGCUGCCCCAAAGACAGUGGCGCCUCAACAAAGAAGCUCGCAGAGAUCGACGCAGCUGCUACAGAAUCGCCAUAUCUCUCCGCUCUUGACCUCCAAACUGGCGCCACGCAGACCGAUAUUGAGAUUCAUUCCAAAGCAUACGAGUCGGCCAUUGUGAAUCUUCAGUCUUCGCUUCCUUUACCGGCUACCUGGUAUCAAAACCACCACUGGCGUAUUCACUACGACUCGACACUUCUCAAACACGCUCGGUUUAACAACUCGUACAUCUACGCAUUCACUUGGGAGGACGACGUUGCGGACCACCGUAUCUUGAAGCCCAGUGCCAACGAUGUCAUCCUCGCCAUCGGAUCGGCAGGCGACAACAUAUUGUCUUUCUGUCUUGCAAACCCACGCCGAGUCCACGCUGUCGAUCUCAACCCAUCACAAAACCACCUUCUUGAACUCAAGGUCGCCUCACUCACUGCUCUUGGAUAUCAAGACGUGUGGAAGCUAUUUGGCGAAGGCAAACACGGUGACUUCAAGAACAUACUGAUUCAGAAGUUGAGCCCUCACCUCUCAAGUGAAGCCUUCCAAUUCUGGCUCCACAACGGUCCCUCGGUUUUCUCCUCAUCUUCCAAGGGCCUCUACUACUCCGGUGGCUCUGGUAAUGCCCUCGCCAUGGGAGGCUGGCUCUUCCGCCUCCUUGGCAUGUCUUCCGAUGUCAAGAAAUUGUGCGCAGCACAAACACUCAACGAACAGCGCGAAAUCUGGCAGCGCAGCAUCAAAACAGUCUUACACUCCAAGAUUCUCACCUACUGCAUCCUUGGCAAUGAAAAGUGGCUCUGGAAAGCCCUCGGUGUUCCACCCGCUCAACGCGCCGUCAUCGAAGCCGACUUCAUCAAGACAGCCGACUUCUCUGAAACCAAGACAGCAAAGAAGAAUGCGGGUGAAGAGUACAUGGCGUUCCAUGAAGAGCCAUCCGACGAAGCGUUGAAGAGCAGCUCGGGCAACGCCAUUUACGAAUAUGUCCUCAAUACUUUCGAACCUGUCAUCAACACCACGCUCCUCAGCACUCAGAAUCAUUACUACCUCCUCACUCUCUUGGGCCACUACACACCGAGUUCUCACCCCACGUACCUCUCUCCCAAGAGCCACGUCAAACUCAGCAAACCCAACGCGUUCAACGGUCUGCGCAUCCAUACCGACGAGAUCAGCGAGGUUAUCGCGCGUAUGCGACCAUCUACUCUGACCAUUGUUGUGGUUAUGGACAGCAUGGACUGGUUCCCUCCGACAGGACAACAGGCAGUCAAGCAGAUUCGCGCGUUGAACAAGGCGCUGAAAGUCAAAGGCAGGGUCAUGUUGAGGAGUGCGGGGUUGGAGCCGUGGUAUCUCAAGGUAUUUGGAGAGAACGGAUUUAGCUGUAAGAGGGUUGCUGUGCGGGUGCCGGGCAGCUGUAUCGAUCGGGUCAAUAUGUAUGCGUCAACGUGGAUCUGCACUAAGGAGGUUGGUCUUGAGCAGGAAGACAUCAAGACCCGUACGAGGCAGACCAGCCUAGCUGAGUUGGAGCUCGAGGCACCAGCUAUGCAUGUGGAUGAAUAG